GAAGUGUUUCCCGACUGGCCCAGCUGUCAUCCAGAAGAGAGAAGAGACCAUUUACACCGGCUGGUUAGAGAAAUGCAGAAAAAAAGGGCAAAAUGCUAAAAUGUGGUAACAUCUGAACGAUAAGGUCAUGACGCCGAACUAAAGGUGAAAGUCAUCGGUGUAAGCCAAAGGCAAAACUGAACAUUUACUGGGGGUUCUAAUGGGGGACUACGGCUUUGGAGUGCUGGUGAAGAGUGGCAGUAGCAAUAAACCUGCUUUUCCUGUGAGGAUCCCUCCUCACCUUCAGUCUCAUCUCCCCUCAAACCCUCCCAGCCCCCCUUCCUUCAUAAACAACAGCUGCUCCACCAAUGGGGGCAGUGCCUGGCUGUUCCCUCCUGUAGCCCAGCACACUAACAUGCAAGAUGAGAUUCUGGAGCCAGACAAGUCCAAGGCUUUGGACCUCCAGGAUGUGCCAGAAAAGCCCCAGGUCCAGGCACACUCUCAAACCUUGUCUCCAGGUCAGCCAGAGUCUGGCGGAGGCCUAACCGAGAUUGAAGGGGCGCUGGCAGAAGAUGGCUCCUUGGAGAAAGGUUCCAUGGAGAACAGCGGUGGAAAAGAGAAGCUGAGGAUGGAGUCCCCAGUUCUGAGCAGCUUCGACUACCAAGACAGCCUGGGAAUGGGCACAAGCUGUGCACAGUCCACUUCUUCCUCAUCUUCCCUGAUCAGCUUUAAUAACUGGUCCCCUGCUGUUCCAUCCACCCAGUCUCCUGUGGUUGGUGAGGAUGUUGGUGGAUUCCUAGGUCCAGCUGGCACAAAUGCCAACGGACCUCCUUUACUCUUCCAGAACUUCUCUCCCCAUCCCUCCCCUGGCUUUGGAGGUAGUUUCUCUCCUCAGAUCGGACCAGUCUCGCAGCACCAUCCACCCACACCUCAUUCUCAGCACUACCACCCACACAGUCCCGGGGUCCAGCAGCACCGACACUCUCCAGCUAGUCCCCAUCAACCCCAAACCUCCUUCUCUCAACAUCCCCAUCGCGCUGGACCAUUCAGCCAGCUUCCCCACCUCGCUACUUCCCAGAACAAAUCCCACUCCCCCUGGGGAAGCUACCAAAGCCCCUCCACCCCCACAUCCACCUCUUGGAAUCCAGGCGGUUAUGGGGGCUGGGGAGGCACACAGGGCGUCCGAGAUUGCAGGCGAGGCGUAGGUGGAGGGAUGACUGGCCAUAAUUCGAUAUCUCCCAUGAAAAAGUCUUUUCCCAACAACCAGCUUCCUUCACAGAAGUUCCUCCGAAAUAAUUCUGGCAUCAAUCAGAAGGGCUGGGUAGAGGACAACAUGAACCGCAACGACAAUGUUUAUCCCUUUCAGCCUGAUAGAACUCGACCUUUUGAUGGUUUCAGCAUGGUCUCUCUGGAGAACUCUCUGAUUGAUAUUAUGAGGGCUGAACAGGAUUCCUUAAAAGGUCGCUACAGCUUCUCUCACCAGGGUGGAGAUGGGCCUCUACCUAUGAACGCAAGAAGUUAUGGCAGAAGACGAGGCAAUUCAUCCCUGUUCCCUGUGGAGGACGAGCGUUCGUUUGCAGAGGAUGAGUCGGUUGAUCAGGGGCUUGCUGGACUCGUUUCAGCCCACUGCUUCCCUCACCUUAACGGUGAACGAGUGGAGCGGUAUUCCCGCAAGGUGUUUGUCGGAGGGUUGCCCCCAGAUAUAGAUGAAGAUGAAAUUACUGCCAGUUUCCGUCGAUUUGGUCAUCUAUUUGUAGAUUGGCCCCACAAAGCAGAGAGCAAGUCUUACUUUCCACCAAAAGGGUACGCAUUCCUGUUGUUCCAAGAUGAGAGCUCUGUUCAGGCCCUGAUCGACGCCUGCAUUCAAGAGGACGGCAAACUGUACCUGUGUGUCUCAAGCCCCACCAUCAAAGACAAACCUGUCCAGAUCCGGCCCUGGAACCUGAAUGACAGUGAUUUUGUGAUGGAUGGAUCUCAGCCUUUAGACCCAAGGAAGACCAUCUUUGUCGGGGGUGUUCCUCGCCCCCUACGUGCAGUUGAGCUUGCCAUGAUCAUGGACCGUCUGUAUGGGGGAGUCUGCUACGCCGGGAUUGAUACAGACCCUGAACUCAAGUAUCCAAAAGGCGCAGGGAGAGUCGCCUUCUCUAAUCAGCAAAGCUACAUUGCAGCCAUUAGUGCCCGAUUUGUGCAACUGCAACACGGGGAGAUUGAUAAACGGGUGGAAGUGAAGCCAUAUGUCCUGGAUGACCAGCUGUGUGAUGAAUGUCAGGGCACUCGCUGUGGGGGGAAGUUCGCUCCUUUCUUUUGCGCCAACGUGACCUGUCUGCAGUACUACUGUGAGUACUGCUGGGCGGCCAUCCAUUCUCGGGCCGGACGGGAAUUCCACAAGCCGCUGGUGAAGGAGGGCGGGGACCGGCCGCGACACAUCUCUUUCCGCUGGAACUGAGGCGAAAAGAGCCGCCGCACGAUAAGGGGGAGGGACCAAGAAAUUUGGGAAGGAAUUUGGGCUAUGAUAUGAAAAAAAAAAAAACAUGCACUUUUCCUUUAAGUUAAAAAAAAUAUUAAUUUAUUUUUAUUUUUUACCUUUUAAAUUGGGACUUCUAAAUGAAGUAAAUACAAAGAAGAGUGAAAUCCCAUUUAUGUUUUGACUUUAGGUGUGCAUGAGCAUUUAUGGAUGCAUUGCUUUUUGGGUUUUGAUGUUUUCUCUUUCUUUACUUGACUGUACUUUUUUGUUUUUAGUGUUAGCUGGCUGAGCUGCUUUUGUUUUGUUUUUGUUUUUUUGUCAAGAGUGACAUAAAAUCGAAGUGAGAUGCAUUAUAUCUACAUCAGUAUACAAACGUUUUGAAAGUCGGGGUGGCUUUUUCUUACCUAUUUUUUUUUCUUGCAGGAUUGGAGAAAAUCUUUACCAAUUUACCAAACAUUGAGUGCAAAUGGUUUCUAAUGGAUGAGCUUUUCAAACAACCUAAUGUUGACAAAGGUGGAGGAAAAAAAAAAAAAGAUAUUCUCCCUUCAGUUUGGCACACACUUGUAGAUUUUCUUUUUGGCAUGAACAAUUUUUUUUUUUUGGUUUAUUUAAAUUCUUUGUAACCAGAAAGGGCAAACCAAAGAUUGGCCUAAACACACACAAAAACGGUCACUCAUCUGAGGGUUUAAGGAUGAUGUCCUCAUGUAACAGUCGGAGGAAAGGCUGGAGUUUUGGUUUGUGGGUUUCAGUGAUUAAAGACACAGCCCUCAGGGCUCAGGUAUUGGCAGUAGUAUUUAUUCAUUUUAUAUUGUCAGGGAUAUUGGCACUGGAGGCUAACAUGCUAACGUAGUACUAACCUAAUGGGAAUGCACAGUCUAGUUUCCCUGAGCUGUCCUCAUAGUGUACCACUGCACGCUCUACUGUGACUGGAGCUUCUAUCACAAGUCUUGUGGUUGGAUAUGGUAGUAGCAAAAAUUUGCUGUCACAGAGAUAAAAAUAUUAUUUUAUACAUGGCCUGCUGUUUUUUGUAAAGUGUUUUAUAGCUGAUUAUUUUGUCAUGAACAUAUAAACAUUUAUUAUGCACUACUUUUUCUAAAUAUUUUUUUCAAUAGUCAUUUUAGGCACAUUUUUCACAAAUGGGAGAACUCCUUUUGCAAUACCUCAUUUUUUUUCACUUGAUGAAAAAUAAUUUUGUACCUUUGUUACUAAAAGAUCUGCAUUUAUGGUAAGCUUAAUUUAAAAGAAAAAAAGAGAUUAAUAUAAUUUUUAAUUAGCUUUUAUAUAUAUCUAAGUUCUGGUAAAUCUAAAAAUUGUCUGGUGCAUUGGUGUGAUUCUGUGAAAUAAAAAAAAAAAGAAAUGGUCAUAUAUGGAUUAUCCUCUACUAAUAAACAUAAUCACAGGAUCCUAAGGCAUAACGAGACCUUUCUAAAGUAAUUUUUUUUUUUUUUUGGUAGUCUUGAGAAUAUAACCCGACUCUGCUCCUAUAGUUGUGUUUAAUAAGAUUAGGGUGUUGGCUUUGGUCAAUGUGAAAUCUUCCUCUCUCUGAUUGGAGUGAAUAUCCGCUGUUUGAAUAUUUAGAUCCUCUUUCUGAGACUGCCUGUAACUUCUACUUAUUCUUGGCAUGCAUAAGAGAUAACAAGACUAGUGAUAAUGCAGGACCUAAUGUAAUGCACUAGAUCUCCUUUUUUUUGUUUUGUUCUUUUUUGUUUGAAUUUCCUUAUCACUUCGAGAUCACCUCUCUUGUAGCCUCUCCUCACCCGAUGGAGUCUGCCUUUCUCACACAGACUUGAUGUUUAUGCAAUAUACACCGUGGCAACACUUUGGAUGUGUUUUGUAACGUAGAGGACACUCUGUAGGAACAAGUUGAGGCAACUUGAUCACUUUUGACCCCAUUUGUGAUGUGGCAUGCUUUGGGACAUAACCUGAAUGUGAUUUAAUGUUGCAAGUUAACUUUGAGCCAUUAUGUGCAAUACUUCUUCUUUCCAGAAACAGCUCUCCGCAGUGUAAGUCAUUUGAUCCAUAGAAAUCAUGCAGUCUUGGACACUUGUUUUCCUGUCGUUUAUACUGAUGUCUCUCAAAAAGAGGAAAAAAAAUAUCUGAAUUUAUUUUUUAACAUUAGUUUUGUGCUUAUUUACUUAUUUUGCUACUACCAUGCUACUGUGAUUGAAAACAUUGUAUAUACUAGGUCGAUAACGUAUGUAUCAUUUGCUAUAUUUUCAAUUGAGAUGUAUAACUAUUAUUUUGAUCAGAACCUUUGUUAUAUUUUUUUGGGUGAUGUGUUUAACUUGGUAACGUGUCUAGUUUUUUCUAAUUGCUGUAAUGUGCUCCUCAUUCUCAAAUGAAAAACAAAAUAAUCUGUUAGUAUUGCUUCAUUGCAAAAUUUCAAUAGUUUUUACUUGAAUGCUGGGAAAGGUUAUAUUUAUUGACUUUUUUUUUUUUUACCUAAAAUUUUGAUUUUUAUCAAGUCAUUUCACAUUUAUAUGUAAGUUUGAAUUUUUAUAUAUAUAUUUUUUUCUCCCUGAUUUAUUUACGCUACAAUACAGACAUCAGUUUUUAUAGUCAGUUUGUAGUACUGAAGUAAAAUGGAAAUCUAACGUCACGUUUUCAUUUGCUGCCAACUGUUGGUAACCUGUAUGCAUACAUUUGAAGUAUUUGUAAUGUAAGAUGUUGAAUGAAUAAAACAGAUGUGAGAAAAAGAAAA